CUGCUAGGCUAGAGGUCUUCUUUGCUCGGGGGCUGCCGGGUGAGCCCGAGGGAGACUGCGGGGCUGCGCACUAGUUUGGACAGAGGUCGCCUCUCUCUGCUUUCCUCACUGAGACCCCGGGUGGAGGCGAAAGAGCAGAUCCAAGCUGUACUUGUAUCUUACUCUUCUUCAAAAUAUGUAUUCUACUGGUACUGAAGAGGAUGUGUUCCAGGGACAUACUUUGUUGUCAGAAAUUCCAUUACCAGAGGUAGAAAUAACGAGCUUCAUUCUCAGAAGAUUCAUUAAUCAAGAUUCUUUCAAGAGUUGGAGCUGAAUCUAAUGUUAAAUAAUGGCAACAGGUGACUUAAAAAGAAGCUUACGGAACCUAGAACAAGUGCUUCGCUUGCUAAAUUAUCCUGAAGAAGUGGACUGUGUAGGUUUGGUAAAGGGAGACACAGCAGCUUCUUUGCCCAUCAUCAGCUAUUCUCUUACUUCAUACUCACCUUAUGUAACAGAACUUCUGAUGGAAUCCAACGUAGAGCUGAUAGCAAAGAAUGACUUGCGCUUUAUAGAUACUGUCUAUAAGCUUCUUCGUGAUCACUUUAAUUAUAAACCAAUUUUGACAAAAAAGCAAUUUAUUCAAUGUGGGUUCGCAGAAUGGAAAAUCCAAAUUACUUGUGAUAUUUUGAAUUGUGUGAUGAAGAAGCACAAGGAAUUAAGUAGUCUUACCAAGACUCCAUCACAACAAAGAAAGAAAAGCAUUGCUGGUAAGUCAGAACCUUGUUCAAGCAAUGAGAAAGCACUUUUAGAACCUGUCAGCAUUGAUGUCACGACUGGCAGGUUUCUGACUUCAGGAAAGAAGAAAGCUGUGGUGAUUCGUCACCUGUAUAAUGAAGAUAAUCUUGACAUUCCUGAAGCUACAACAAGUCCAGUAGCAGAUACUGAUGAAGCAUUUGAUAUGUUGAGCUUAAAGCCUUCUGAAAUAAACAUUCCUGAAGAAAAUGUGCCUGAAAUCAAGGAUGAGCAAAAAGAUGUAAAAGUUAACCUUGAGAUUACUACACUACAGACCAUGCUUGCUGAAUGCCAAGAAAAGCUUAAUAAGUUGCCUUCCAUAGAGAAAAGGUUAGACUGUUUGGAAGAAGCAAUGAAAGGAAAAGUGAUGGUAGAUGAAACGACCUGGACUAAUCUUCUGAGUCGUGUCACUCUUCUUGAAACAGAAUUGCUUUUGUCCAAAAAGAAUGAAUAUAUAGACUUAAAUGUAGUGAGUGAAGAAUGUGCUUCUGGUAGUGAUGUAGAUCUUCAGACUCUUGAUAGAAAAAGUGAAGUGGAAGCAUCAGCAAAUAUUCCUCUGUCCUCUGGUUAUAGUACAGAAACAGAUUCAACUCCCAGAGCUUCAACUGUUAUUUACAGUGGUUUGAAAGAGACUUCGGAGGAAACAACAAUCCAGAAAUUGGAAAGGAUGAAAAAAAUGUUUGAAGAAACAGCAGAGUUACUGAAAUGCUCAAGUCACUAAUUGUAGAAUUUCCUGCAUGAACCUCUCUAGAACUUUGACUACUGUACAUGUUGUAUAUUUUAAGAAUCUAUAUAAUUUUAAUAUACUGCAAUUUUUAUUAAGAAUUUGAAUUCCAUUUGAUAUGAGUUUUUCAUUCAUUAUUGAAUAAAUAUUAUUUUUGAGCUUUGA